AUGCAUUUCGGAGGGUUUGCGCCUUCAAAGGCGCUUUUAACAUCGCUACUCGCCAUACCGCAGUUAACUUCAGCCUUCUAUCUGCCCGGUGUCGCCCCAGCUACCUACAAAGAGGGAGACAAAGUUCCGCUUUACGUCAACAGCAUCAAGCCAGUCGACCGAUCGCAAGACCCUCGACUCCACGCCGUUGUCUCCUACGACUACUACCAUCCUGCAUUCCAAUUUUGUCAACCCAAAGAUGGUCCUGAGUAUGUUUCGGAAAGCCUGGGUAGUAUUCUCUUCGGAGAUCGCAUCAUGACUUCUCCAUUUGAGCUUAUCAUGGGCAAGAAUGAGACCUGCAAACCGCUUUGCGAAGUUACGUAUCCUGAGAAAUCAAUCAACUUUGUCAAGAGUCGCAUCGAACAAGGCUACAGUCUGGAAUGGCUGGUGGAUGGAUUGCCAGCUGGUCAGGAAGUUCUUGAUCAGUUGACUGGCACUACCUUUUACAACCCUCGGUUCUUGCUUGGCCAAGACGACAAGGACGACAACAUCCUUUUCAACAACCACUACGAAAUCGUCGUCGAGUAUCACGAGGUCAACAAGGAUCCCAAUCAGCGCCGUGUGGUUGGUGUGAUUGUGCAACCUAGUUCCAAGGAGUACAGCGGCAAAGCUGAUUGCGGUAACCACCCGCCCAUCGUUUUGAAUGGCAAGGAGCAGCAUGUCGGUUUCAGCUACAGUGUCUUCUGGCGCAAGUCCGAGACUGCUUGGGCUACUCGUUGGGACAAAUACCUGCACGUAUUCGAUCCCAAGAUCCAUUGGUUCUGGCUCAUCGACACAGCAAUCAUUGUUGUGAUCCUUGUCCUAACAGUCAUGUCUAUUCUUGUGCGCGCACUGAAGAAGGACAUUGCUCGUUAUAACCGGCUCGACCAGAUCGAUCUCGAUGACUUUGGUGGUACUUCAGUCGUUGAGGAUGGCGUGCAGGAGGACUCUGGCUGGAAGUUGGUCCAUGGCGAUGUCUUCCGAACCCCCUCGCGACCUCUCCUGCUUUCGGUCCUAGCAGGUAACGGAGUCCAGCUGUUCUGCAUGACCGGGUGCACUAUUCUCUUUGCCCUCCUUGGAUUCCUCUCCCCCUCAAACCGUGGAUAUCUUGGAACUACCAUGAUUAUCAUGUACACUUUCCUUGGUUUUGUCGGUGGCUACGUCUCUGCUCGAACCUACAAGGCCUGGCAGGGUGAAGCCUGGAAGUUGAACAUUGCCUUGACUCCUAUCCUGGUCCCUGGUGUCGUCUUUUCCGGUUUCUUCCUCUUGAACCUCUUCCUGUGGGCCAAGGAGUCAUCAGGUGCAGUUCCCUUUACAACUAUGCUUGUGAUUGUCGCCAUCUGGUUCAUCAUUUCAAUCCCCCUCUCCUUUGGUGGCUCUUGGCUCGGAUUCCGCUCUCCUCAAUUCGAGCCUCCCGUUCGCACCAACCAGAUCCCUCGACAGAUUCCCCCUGUCAGCACAUAUCUUAAGCCCGUGCCCAGCGUGCUUAUUGUCGGUCUUCUUCCCUUUGGUGCCAUCUUCGUCGAGCUGUUCUUCAUUAUGAACUCGAUCUGGUUCAGCAGGAUCUACUACAUGUUCGGAUUCCUCUUUCUCUGCUACGGUCUCAUGAUCGUUGUCUGUGCUGCUGUUACCAUUCUCAUGGUGUAUUUCUUGCUAUGCUCCGAGAACUACAACUGGCAGUGGAGGUCUUUCCUCGCAGCAGGCAUGAGUGGUGGCUACAUCUUCUUGAACUGCCUUUUGUACCUCGUUACGAAGGUCAGAGCAAGUGGGUUUGCUGGUAUUGUACUCUAUGUGGGCUACAGCGCCAUCAUCUCAUUCCUGUUCUUCAUUCUUACUGGCUCAAUCGGCUACUUUGCUAGUUGGUGGUUUAUUCGCAAGAUCUACUCUUCCAUCAAGAUCGACUAA